AUGUUGGGGAAUAGCGAAUCUAUAGCUGGUGGUGAGACAGCACCUCCUGCAGAGACCUGUGUGUGGUACAGAAAACUUAAAAUGCAAUAUCCAUCCGGUCUGCAAACACUGUGUGAAUUUAAGACAUGCUUGCGUCUGCAAGGUCUGAAUCAAAAAGCCAGUCAACGUGUUGAUCAAAUCUGUAAUACCAUUGACAAGAACAAAGAUGGAUGUAUUGCUGCUGUAAAUCUAGUAGUACAAGGAAAAAUGAAGCAAAUUCUCCAUGAUGCAGAUGGAAAUGGUUCUGUUGACAAAAGGGAACUACUGAACAUCUUCGUGGCACUACAAGCCCUCAAUGGCCAGCAAACUCUGAAUCUUAAAGAAUUUACCAACUUGGUGUUCCAUAAGAUCGAUACAAACGAUGACAGCAAAGUAGCUACUCACCUUGGUCUCACUUUUCUUACCGAGCAGGAAAUUGACUUUAGAAGAAUUUAUCAAUGGCAUGAAAAAAGAAUAGCAUCUUCUGGAGGUUGUUUCCAAGAGUUUCGACAUUUCCAAUGUACUGAAAGUAAUCUGUGA